AUGGAUUCCCUUUCUCUUCUCCUCUCUUAUCCAAAACUCUCCCCCACAAAGCCCUUCUCCUUUCUCUCAAACCCUAAUUCACCCCUCUCUGCAUCUCUUCCCAACAAAAAACCCCAAAUUCCCUCCCUCAAACCCCAUUCUCCAAUCUCACUCCAAAACCCCCUCACAAAAUCAUGCUUUUCCCUCGCUACAAUCAACCUCUUCACUCCCCUCCACUCCCUCGCUGCCGAACCCACUUUACCCUUAUCAGACGCAGGCAGAAUCAACUUAGAAACAAUCCUUAUCUCCAUUGACGAUUUCUUCAACCGAUACCCAUUUUUCGUUGCUGCGUGCAGCUUCGUUUAUCUCGUUGGUAUUCCCUUAGCAGAAGAGUAUUUCAGGAAGUAUAAGUUUGUGUCAGCUAUUGACGCUUUCAGGAAGCUCCGGGAUGAACCGGAUUCGGAGCUGUUGGAUAUAAGGGAUAGGAAGAAUGUGAAGUUUCUUGGGUCUCCUAAUUUGAUGAUGUUGAAGAAGGAAGUGGUGCAGGUUGAGUUUAAGGAGGGGAAUGAAGAUGGGUUUGUGAAGAAAGUUUUGGAGAGGUUUGAGGAUGCUGAGAAUACUGUUGUGUUUAUUUUGGACAGUUUUGACGGUAAUUCCAUGAAAGUUGCUGAAUUGUUAUUCAAGAAUGGUUUUAAAGAGGCCUAUGCGAUCAAAGGUGGAGUUAGAGGCCAGCAAGGGUGGAUGGCUAUACAGGAUACCCUUUUGCCCCCUCCGGUGCAUAUCAACCGAAGAAAAAAGACUAAAGUGCAACAAGAGCUCAGUACAAAUGGAAAUGGGUCCAUUCAGCAAAAUGAUUGUAAUAAUGACAGUGUGUUAUCCUCAGAUAUUCCUGCAGUUGGAAACCAAGAGACGGAAAAUGGUCAUGUGAAAAGGUCUGUUGAGUCCAAUCCGAAAUUGAAACUCGGAUCGAUAGUUUCCCAUUCUCCCUAUGCCAAUUACCCAGAUUUGAAGCCGCCAUCAUCUCCAACUCCAUCAAAGCCACAAUGA